UUUUGAUCCGACGAUCAAUGACGUUGACCCGUGUACGUUACGAUUGUAAGGACAGGGAAACGGGCUACAAACAAGAGUGACGCCAUUAGAAGUCUGUACUUUGUUUUUGUGUGGUCGUUGAGUUUUUUGUGUAAUCAUUCUUUCUUAAAUCGUGUAAAUCCAUAUCUUUGUCAUGGCUCGUACAAAGCAAACUGCACGUAAAUCAACUGGAGGAAAAGCUCCGCGUAAACAGUUAGCAACCAAAGCAGCACGUAAAAGUGCACCAUCUACUGGUGGUGUAAAGAAACCGCAUCGUUAUCGUCCUGGUACUGUAGCUCUUCGUGAAAUUCGUCGUUAUCAAAAGUCUACUGAGUUGUUAAUCCGUAAAUUGCCUUUCCAACGUUUGGUAAGAGAAAUUGCUCAGGACUUCAAGACAGAUUUGCGUUUCCAAAGUGCAGCUAUUGGAGCUCUUCAGGAAGCCAGUGAAGCAUACCUAGUUGGUUUGUUUGAAGAUACUAACUUGUGCGCUAUUCAUGCAAAACGUGUCACCAUUAUGCCUAAAGACAUCCAGUUGGCCAGGCGUAUUCGUGGUGAACGUGCUUAAUUCAUCCACUACAUUCCUCUCAACUGUGUACUUUUUUUUUUUUUUGUGACAUUUCUUGGGUUAUAAAUAUUUCUUCAAAAAAAUUAUUACUACAGUUAUUUGAUACAUGUGUGUGUAAUAAUAUUUUGUAGGUAAGCUUUAACUCAAUUUUUUUAUAUAUGAAUAUCUAAUUAUAAACGAGUGUUCAUUAAGACAAAUAUUUGUUUUGAACUUUAGAAUAAUACAGUAUAUAUAAUGCAUUACCUAUUGUAUUUAAAAAAGUUUUAUUUGUAAGUCUUUCUACAUUAUAAUUAAUUAACUUAUAAUUAAAACUUACUUAAUAAAUUUGACUUUAUAUAGGUAAUAAAUUAA